AUGGCAGCGGUAGACGUGGAUGUCGUAGAGAGUGCUUUGAGAGAUGUGAAUUUAUCUAGUGGUAGAGAAACUUUUUUAAAACCAGAGCAAGAAUCAGCAGUAAGGGCUCUUUUAGCCGACAGAGAUGUUCUGGCGGUUUUGCGGACCGGAUACGGCAAGAGUUUAAUUUACCAAAUGUUUGUACGCGCAUAGAACUACGAGCUAAAUGGUAAUGCGGCGAUUCUCGUCAUUUCGCCACUGAAAAGUAUUAUCGAAGACCAGUUGUAG